AUGCAUCCAUGCUCUCAAGAACUCGUUACGCAGAGCCAACUCCUGCGGGAGGUCGACGCUCUGAGCGCUCUGAUAUGCAAUAUUCGUCGCCGGGCCAACGAUCUUGUGCCAGUUGCCACCUUGCCCAUCGAAGUGUUUCUUGCGAUUUCCACUCUUGUCGCCGAGGCAGAGCGCCCGUGGCCGCCUCGAGGUGAGGCGAUACCCGGCUCUGAAGAGGACGACGAGGACGCAGACGAUCACAGUGAUAGACGGAAGCCCGCUACACUUGGAUGGAUUCGCCUUACUCAUGUAUCGUCUCGCUGGCGCCGCAGACUACUGGCGUAUCCCGUCAUAUGGGGUCGCGACGUUGGGCUUCUACCGGCAGCGUUAUCCGUGAUGCUUGAGCGAGCCGGGUCUUCCGCACCAAUAAGCGUCACAUUCCGGGAUAAGAGCGUGGACAGACCGCACCUAGCGAUGUCUACUACCAUCGAGUCCGGACGUCUCCGAUCUAUCUGCUGGGAGGCAGAAGAACUUCCGCUGGUUGCGGGAAUGCUCAGCGGCAAGACACUGCCGAUCCUGGAGACCUUGAGGAUACAGCCCAUCUAUACAUGUGACCGCUAUGGCACCUUUCAGAGCGCAAUGUCCAAACUGCAUGCCCCGCGUCUGCGCCGUCUGGAGUACUUCGGCUUCUUCGUACCAUUCGUCGCGCCAGCAUUGACAUAUAUCGAGAUUCACCACAUGCAUGAGACCGAUUUGGUCACUGAGCUAGGCUCUAUAUCGUUCUCAACCUUCAUGGGAAUCCUAUCUGCUGCGCCUCUACUAGAAGAGCUCUGGCUCACGGGAUUCGAGGGAGGUUGGUCGUCACCGGUCCCAUACAACCCGUCAGAUGACGCUCAACCAUUGGAACUUCGCCAUCUCCGCUUUUUGGAGCUCGAGAUACGAGGUCCCACCUGGCAACUCAAUUGCGCGCUCAAGCACCUGGCCGUGCCUUACAACGCCUACUUCAGCCUAUUCAACGACAAAAUCGAGCGUGACGAGGAUUUCGAGCUAUUAAGCACCGUCUCGAAAGGCUUCUGCCAUGGUGCAUCUCCCGAGGAGUUUCGUAUUGAAUGGGACAUACUCUCUGUAGGCGCUGUGCGCGGCCAGCAGCGUGGUCAGGAUGUAGGCGGCGCAUCGUUAGGGUGUUUCGCUCUCGAUGGACUCGCCCGAAGGCUCCCUUCGCUUGGCAUCGACAAGCUUCUGGAAGGCAUCACCACAUUCACACUUCUUCCUCAAAGUGAAGACCCAUCAGCCACGCACUGGCUGCCUCUUUUUCACUGCUUUCCAAAUGUGACGACGUUCGUGCUGGGCUAUUCUCAUCCCCGAGAAGACUUCAGAAGGGGAAGAUAUGAUCCUCCCUCCAACGAACCCAGAAUCGGGUACCAAAGGGUUCUCGAAGCCCUCGCCGCUAGCGCUCGCGUAGCUUUUCCUCAGCUACACCACCUGCGUUUCGCGCGAGAUGUACGCCCCGCAUGGGUGCCACUCUCAACAAUCCACUCGUGCCUAGAGCGCCGUUCAACAACAAAUGCUCCCUUGCUCCAGAUAUUGGAUCUUCCGUCCUACCUCGAUCCCUCGGCGUCUUCAGACAGAAGCUCCAACCUCCAUCGUGCCAGAUUGGAUUUCUCUGCUUUAGCAAAGCGGAUUAUAUGGCGGCAGCCUGAAGACGUCGACGUGGCAUUAUCUGAAGCUAGGUUGCGCGUUUUCAAGCCUGCAGGAACCCCGAUAUGCAUAAACUUCUGA